GAGAAAACACUGAAAGAUUAAAAAAUCAUCAAGGAUUUAGUUAAAGUUUAUUGUUUGUUUAUUUCCCAGUUUUAGAUUACUAUAUAAACGCCGUUCUUCUCACACAAAAUCUUCAGUUACGAAGAUUUUGCUGGCAGAGGAUAAUAGACGUGUUUAAUCACCAGAGACGUUACUAAAGAUAUAUCACUCCAGAUAUUUAGUAACUUAACUUAAUUAAGAGUAUUCAACUUGACGAUUCAAGCAUUUACAACUGUGUUCCACUUACACUCUCAUUACUAUACGGAGUAUUUUCCCGUGACAAUUACCUAACAACCUACCUUCUACCAGCGUGAAAGAAACUUGAAAUAAUUAGCAUGUCUAUCACAAGCAAUGAACUCAAUGAAAUAUUUUCCAACAAUUUUAACGUUCCAAUCCCCACUGAGCCCUCAUCAAAGGAGGGAAAAAGAUUCUUGAAGGAUUAUGAUAUCGCCAGCAGAAAAAGAAAACUUGAAGACGACAUUGAAAUUAACGAGAAACAAAAAGGUUUCCAAAAAAUAGUCGAUGAAUGGACAAGGUCGGAAAUGUCAGUCGAAAGUCAAGAACAGCCUCCACUAUGGUAUCAAAGGGAAAAGGAGGAACAGACGAGAAAUUUUAAUCUACUGUUAAAGGGCGUUAAUCAACUGCAAAGGAAUACGGAAACCUUACAAAGGAGCAUGGCUACUAUGCAGUCAAGCAUGGUUACUAUGCAGACAAGCGUCGAUACUUUAACGGGCAAGGUCAAUAGGAUCGAUAUCCGUUCCGUACGCAUGGAGAACAAGGAGUUGAGACGAGCAGGUUAUCCAAUCAUGGAAGUGCCAUUUCUGGAGGGCAAUAAUCCAGAUUCAGAAUUACCUAGGAUUACUUGUACUCAAGACAUCGAUCGCUUGUCUAAAGAUGAAUGUAUUAGGUACUUAAAUGGCUAUGGAAUAUCAUUUAACGCAAAUGAAACUAUUGCUCUGAAAAAGAAGCUUGCUAAUGCUGUUGGUUUGGUAUUGGACUUCGAUAAAGACUAUUCUUUCUCAGGGUUUUCAAAUCUUUAAUUAUAAUUUUUCAGUUAAAAUGUACGUUUAAAGCAUAUAUUUAUUAUAAGCAAUGAAAUGAUCGCUUUUCAGUCGCUCUGCUUAUGACAUGAAAUCAAGACCAAGACCAAGGAAGAACAUAUAAAGGUAAUAGUUAUGAAAAUUCUGAUACGAUCAAACACUAUGUUGCAAUGUGGGUUACAAAUUAAUAUGGCAAGUUAUGACUGUUUGUGCUUUCUGUGCUUCCAAUGUUGUUAGUGAUACUUAAUGAGAGAAGUACUUAAAGAGUAAUUCUAGUGUGAAUUCACAGAGCUGACUAGCAAUUGUACAAGGAUUAUCAUCUCGCCUGCCUACUCUAGGAUGAAACGUCG